AUGUCUACUUUUCGAGAGUCCAUUUCCCAGCCAGUCGUCGCCGCGUUUUGCGCUGGAGGCGUUGCUGGUGCUGUGUCCCGAACGGUUGUAUCCCCUUUAGAACGACUCAAGAUUCUUAUGCAGGUGCAAAGCGUUGGGCGAGAUGCGUACAAGCUGUCGGUUGGAAAAGCCUUAGUCAAGAUGUGGAAAGAAGAAGGCUGGAGAGGUUUCAUGCGAGGUAAUGGCACCAAUUGCAUUCGCAUUGUUCCUUACUCUGCUGUUCAAUUCAGCAGCUACAACUUUUACAAGCGGAGUAUAUUUGAAAGUCAUCCAGGAGCUGAUCUGUCACCACUCACUCGCCUUGUCUGCGGUGGCCUAGCGGGUAUAACGUCCGUGUUUCUUACGUACCCCCUCGAUAUUGUCCGAACACGACUAUCUAUCCAGUCUGCGAGUUUCGCCGAGCUGGGCGCCAAACCAAAAAAGUUGCCUGGCAUGUGGACUACUUUGAUGCAGAUGUACAAAACCGAGGGUGGUAUGUCCGCGUUGUAUCGAGGCAUCGUCCCUACUGUUGCUGGUGUAGCACCAUAUGUUGGCCUCAACUUCAUGGUUUACGAAUCUGUCCGUAAAUAUCUCACACCAGAGGGAGAGCAAAACCCCAGCGCCACGCGGAAGCUGCUUGCUGGUGCCAUCUCUGGUGCCGUAGCACAAACUUGCACAUACCCCUUCGAUGUUCUACGGCGGCGAUUCCAGAUCAACACAAUGUCAGGCAUGGGCUACCGAUACAAGGGCAUCACAGACGCGGUUCGGGUCAUCGUGAUGCAAGAGGGAAUCAAGGGUCUUUACAAGGGCAUCGUGCCUAAUCUCUUGAAGGUGGCCCCCAGUAUGGCAUCGAGUUGGUUAAGUUUCGAGAUGACGCGUGAUUUCCUGGUUGAUCUCAGGCCUGACCCUGAGCCCCAACCAUUAUGA